AUGAGUAAGAUAGCCAUGCUUGAGAAGGAGCUUGAAACGAAGGAAGUUAGGACGUAUAAGCAAGCUAUAAGAGCUUUAAGGGAGAUCCAAAUUGAAGACGAAGAACCCAAGGAAAAGGUGAAAGAGUUGACAAUAACUAUGCAAAAGCUCACCCAGGAAAUAAACUAUUGGGAAACUUUAGCUAAGCAGCCUAAGGGCAAAGAAAGCGAGACUGCUGAGCUAGUAGAAGCUCGAAAAGAGAUAAUUAGAGUUCUUUCUGACCUGUGCAACAGUAACAUGGAUAUUGGCAUAAAGAAAUUUGGUGUCAUUGAUAGUUAUCCUUUACGCACUGCAUGCAAGCAGAAAUUUUUGCGUCAAGUUGCCGAGGAAAAAUCGACAGAAUUGUGUUCUAUUUGGCAGGCAGCUGUUGAAGACGCCAAAUGGCAUCCUUUCAGAACUAUCACCUCAAAUGGGGAAGUUAGAGCAGUGGAUCAGCUGAAGCCAGGAACCGAGGGCAGGAAUCUAAUUGUCAAGGUCCUAAGUACUGACAUGGUGGUUGACAAGAGCCAAAACAUCGAGCAGCAGUCCCAUUCACAUGUGUAUUAUUCUCAAUCGCGAAUCACACAUGUAGCUGAGAGCCUUGUUGGAGAUGAAACCGGAACUAUCAUAUUCACUUCUCGUAACGAACAAGUUGACUUGGUGGAGCCAGGUAGCAUCCUACUUCUUUAUGGUGCAAAAAUCCAAAUGUAUCGAGGUUUCAUGAGGUUAGCUGUAGAGCAUCGUGCACAAAUCAUAGUUGCAGAACCUGUUAUAAUUUGUUGUAAAUGAAGAUUGCAAUAAGUCUUUGGAUGAGUAUGAGGUAAUCCCGAAAUAUUGAUAAUGAAGAAUGAGUUCCGCACUAUUCAUCACCUUAGACCUGUAGGAUGGCUCUGCCUUAAGAAUGCCUUGGUGUAUUAAAGUUACUAGUUUCGAAAAAAGAAUGCCCUGGUGUAUAUUUUUGGAUUUUCUUGGCACAGAAACUUACUGUAUCAGUUUAUUGCCCAAAAGGCUAUUAGUUUGUAGCGUUAUAGUUAUAAAGCUUCAAAAUUUCAUACUGUUCUCAGGCUCUCAGCAGCUUCAUGUUAUUCUUAUGUUGCUCUUUUUUUUCGAAAAGCUAUGGUGGCUAUUUGUGUCAAACGUAAAUCAAAAGUGGACUUUAAAUCUUUAUUUUGUUUCAUUUCAAACGACAA